CCGUCCUGUAUCAUAAUCCAAUAUUCUGUCAUCGCAAUCCUAUCUCAAGGCAAAUCUACCUAUCGUAAGCCACGAUGAUUUCCUUCCGAGGCGUGUUACAGCUUUCCUUUAUCACGUUGUCCCUUGCCCAACCCCAUGGGACUUCAACACUUCAAUGGGGACCGUGCAAUAAGACCGAGGUUCCUAGCGACGUCCCUGUUGACUGCAGCAUUCUGAUGGUCCCCCUCGACUACACCAAGCCGGAUUCCAAUGAGAAGCUACAGUUAGACCUUGUCAGAAUCCCCGCCCCUGUGAAACCCUCCAGAGGAAGCAUUCUUUUCGAUUUUGGCGGACCUGGCGGUACUGGACGAGAUGAAAUAGGCAUCAAAACAUUGGCGGAUGAGCUAUUAGCGCUUACUGGCCGUCAGUUUGAUCUUAUUGCAUUCGACCCACGCGGUACUCGUGGCUCGAAAAUUCCUAUCCAAUGUUUCGAUAAUGAAUAUGACGCCUGGUCAUUCUAUCUGGACGUGAUACCUGCAAAUAGUUCCGAUGUAGAGUUGGGAAAGCAAUGGGCACGCGCAUCUAUGCUUGUCGACGCCUGCCUCAAGACGCAUAAUAAGACGGGGAGCUUAGUUAGUUCUGCAUUUGUAGCAAGAGAUAUGAUGCAAAUUGUAGAUGCUCUCGGAGAAGAUGGAAUGUUACGAUACUGGGGUUUUUCAUACGGUACGACAUUGGGGGCAACUACAGCUGCUAUGUUUCCCGAUAGGAUAGGAAGGAUGGUCCUCGACGGCGUUCAAAACCCGCACGAGUAUUACCAUGCGCAGGCCGACUUCGAGGAAUUUAGAGAUGCGGACGCGGAGUUUUCAGCUAUGUUUACUGGCUGUGUUGCAGCUCGCGAGAAUUGUGCGUUGGCUAAAGGCAACAACAAGACAGCCGCUGAGCUCGAGCAGGCCGUCUGGGAUCUCCUCGACGCCGUCAAAUACAACCCGGUUCCUCUUAAGUCAUUCCUGAUCGACUACACCAACGUGAAGUCUUUUCUGGUACAGGGCCUCUAUGAUAGUUCCUCUUGGCCGGGUAUUACUAGUAUACUCAAUGCGGUUAUGACCGAGCAGUACGACGUAGUUAACAACGCUUUCGAGGCUCUGAUGCCUACAACCUCUAUUGACAUAUUCAAGCAGAGUCAACAACCGCAGGCACUUGCUUCCAUUCACUGUAGUGAUAACAUGGUGCGAAGCAAGACAUUUGAUGACUUCGCUCCGGCUAUCCAGCGUCUAUACAACACCAGUAGGAUCAUUGGAGACGGGUUGAUAUUCUUAUACAGCGCCUGCGCGCAAUGGAAGAUUGAGCCAAAAGAGCGAUACAUGGGCGACUUCAACGUAAAAACAAAGAAUCCGGUCCUCUUCAUUGGCAACACUUUUGAUGGGCUCACGUCCCUUGCUUCGGCCAGGAAUAUUAGCUCCACCUUCGAGGCGAGUGCCUUACUAACUAUCGAUGGAUACGGUCAUUCUUCAUUGGCCGCUCCUUCAGCAUGCACUAUCAGAGCGACUUCGGCAUAUUGGGCAAAUGGCACUCUACCUUCCGAAGGAAAGGUCUGUGACUCGGUUCCGUUGUAUUCAGGGAUCACCUGGGAAGAUAUUAUACAGGAGGUAUACGGUAAUACGACGGUUUCUUUUAAACGCCAAGCACCUCGUGUGCCAAAUUUUGGAGCCCUCCUAGCGCCCCCAGCCCCUUUUUUCAUUCCUAGGUAAUGGAACCCUGCAGAUGACACAGGUCAAUGUUGUUAUAAUUGAUUCACCGUCUCCUGUUCAGAAUAUUAGUCUCCCAGCAAUACUUCGGAUUUCAUAAAGGAUAACCCAUUGGUCAAACUCACGAUGUAUUUACCUUUUCUGAGUCUUUUUUGUGUUAAUACAAUUAAAAGCCACCAGCCCACUUUGCUGUCUGAUUCUAGAUUUAUGUCGAUAUGCAACGUGGGAACUUAACAGAUUUGCACAGCCUUUCUGGAAUUUAGUCUGGAAUAUCUUUGUGAAUUAGACAAUUCAUUGGUGAUUUGUUGACUAUUUCGUUAAGCCACUAUCAGAGUUCCAAUCUGAUUCCCGAACCUGUAGCUAU